UCCAGUUAUACCAGUUUAAACUUGAACUCUAUGAGGAAGUCACUGCCGGAAAAACAAAACAAAACUCCGCCUUUAAAAACCCCACAGACACUCGUGCCAUCUAUAAUCCGGACUGAGACUCGCAUAGACGUGCCACUGCUAUACAAGUUAAACAAACAGGAGGUUCAGCUAUUGUUACCUGUGGGAAGACUUUAGUCUGCAUCAUGUCUCUGACAGUGUCUCAGGGUGAGGGAAUGACGGUCAUCACCGUCACCCCAAACACAAAGAGCAAAUGGCCCGUUCUGUGUCAGAUUCUGAGACUUCUGUGCUGCAGUCCAUUGUGUUCUGUAUCUCAGGAUAUGAAAGGAAAGCUGUCAAACAGCCACAUAGCUCUUGGGGUUGUGCAGAUGAUCGUUGGUAUCCUCAAUAUUGUGGUGGGGAUCGUGUUUACAUGCCUUGGGUUAUACUGGAACAUGUAUAUGAUGGCCAUGGGACCCUUUUGGCUCGGUAGUUUGUUCCUUGUAGCUGGAAUUGUGUGUAUUCUUGCAGCUAAGUUUCCCAGUUCUUGUCUGCUGGUCAUCGGAAUGAUUGUGAAUGUAGUCAGUGCUGCACUGGCUAUCACAGCUGUUGCGCUGUAUUCAGUGGACCUUGCAAAUAGUCAUAAUGGAUAUUACUAUGAUUAUUCUUGUGAUCAAAGCUACAAUUCUUAUUCAGGCUAUUCACGCUAUGAUUAUGAUAGAUAUAGAACCCCUUCCCCUGAAGAGAACAUGAGAAUGGAGACCUGUCUGUACUACAAGAAUCUCACUGAGAUGGUCUUCAGAGGACUAGAUAUCAUGAUGAUAGUGUUGGCGGUCCUUCAGCUCUGUGUGACGAUCAGUUUCUGUGUUUUGACUGGGAAAGCUUUGUGCAAGAAGGAUGAAGAUGCAAAGGAUCCAGAACUUUACAAGCAGCUCCUGGAAGACGCCAUUUCUGUUCCUGCAUGUUAGAGAGACAAGAUUAACACACAAAAUAAACAGUUCUUCUUCUUUUUGUGUGUGUGUAAUGGAAUGACAUUUCAUGUCUCAAUAUUGGAGUGAAAUGAUUUAAAGCAGAUGCCUGCAAUAGUGUACUCAGUAAAUUGCAUGUUUAAUUACACUUAUUUUUUUCCCUUUAAAAAAGUUGAUUAAUAGAUUAAUAUAAAUAUAGAUGAAUGGGUGUUUUAUUGUCCUUUUUAAUUUUGCUGUGAUCUUGGUGCUGUGUUUAUUU